AUGCGGUGGCGGCUGCAAAUGUUUCUCCAGAGGAAACUUAAAAUCAGCUUUCUCUUUCUUCUGUUCUCGGCCCUUCUCGUGCACCUGCUGGUGGAUUUUGCUCUCCCCACAACCCACAGGUCCUGUGGCUGCAAUACUAAAGCAUCAAAAGCUGUGGGUGUCCCGUCAGGCAGCCCCAUGCCGGCGGGCCUCAAAAAGCUGAGCCUGCGGAUCCUUCAGGAUUUCAGCGGAAGCAACGGCUCCUUGGAGAAAAGUUCCCAGCCAGAGAGAGCGGGGCUGCACGCAAGGGCUGGAGAGCCAGGGGUCCAGCAGCAUGGAGAGGCGAAUGCAGGGUGGUCCAAGGGAUCAAAGCUGGCAGCACUCUUCGAGCAUCCUCUUUACAACAUCCCAGUCCCAGAGGUGACAGAGAAGGACAAGCUGUUUGUCGUCAACCCCAUGGAGAGGUUCAGCCUGCACAGCAGUGGGAGUGACGAAUGGGUCAGCAGCAGUAAAGCCGAGGCGCUCCUCCCGACAGGGAAGACAGCCUACGACACCUACCCCACGUGGCUCAAAUUCCACAUCGGCAUCAACCGCUAUGAGCUGUACCCCCGCCGGGACCCCUUGCUGCCCGCUCUGCUCCGGGAUCUGGCCACGCAGAGGAUCGUCAGCUCAGUCCAGAAGUCCGGCGGGACCCAGCUCAAGCUCAUCAUGACGUUCCCAAACUAUGGGCAGGCCCUCUUCAAGCCCAUGAAGCAGACCCGGGACCAGGAGACCCCCAUUGAUUUCUUCUACUUCUCAGACUUUGAGCGGCACAAUGCAGAGAUUGCAGCCUUCCACCUGGACAGGAUUCUGGAUUUCCGGCGAAUCCCCCCGGUUUCUGGCCGUUUGGUCAACAUAACAAAGGAAAUUCAGGAUAUCACCACAGACAAGAAACUGGCCAAGACUUUCUUCAUCUCCCCAGCGGGAAACGUCUGCUUCUACGGGGAGUGCUCCUACUACUGCUCCACGGAGCACGCCCUCUGCGGCAAACCGGACUGGCUGGAGGGCUCCAUGGCUGCCCUGCUCCCCGACAAGACCCUAGCCAAGCGCCGCUCCUGGCGCAGCCCCUGGCGCCGCUCCUACCACAAGAGCAAGAAGGCUGAGUGGGAGCUGAACCCCAACUACUGCGCUCAGGUGCGAGAGACGCCGCCCUAUGACAGGGGCCAUCGCCUCCUCGACCUCAUCGACAUGGCAAUCCUCGAUUUCCUCAUGGGCAACAUGGACCGGCACCACUAUGAGACCUUUGAGAAAUUUGGGAAUGACACUUUCCUGCUCCACCUGGACAACGGUCGCGGCUUCGGCACACACUCCCGCGAUGAACCGUCCAUCCUGGCCCCUCUCCAGCAAUGCUGCAGCAUCAAGAAGUCGACUUACCUGCGGCUGCAGCUGCUGGCCACCGAGCCCUACCGGCUGAGUGACGUGCUGCGGGAGGCGCUGGCCGCCGACCCGCUGGCCCCCGUCCUGGCUGAGCCCCACCUGCAGGCGCUGGACCGGCGCCUGGGGAAGGUGCUGCUGGCCGUGCGACACUGCCUGGCCAGGGCAGCCCACCAAGAAAAGGUGCUGGUGGAUGAUGUGGGGUCGUGGAUGUGA